AUGGGGCUCUCUAUGCUCGACGCAGUAGCCACCUACACGAAGAGGAUGCCACUAGCGUUUCUCAUUCCCCUGCUAGGGGUUGGCCUUGCCAUUUGGAGAUAUAAACCAGCCGUCUCCAACGACCGCCCACCAAAGCCGACAUCCCACAAUGAUAGCCAAAAGACAUACCCGCCCAUCGAACCCCUCCCGGAAUUCAACUGGGAGACUACGGAGCCAUUGAAGUUCCGGCCCUUUAAGCCAAAGUACCACUUGACGAUGGCAUUAUCGAACCUGGACCCCUCGGCACUCAUUCAGAUGGACAAAACCUACAAAGACAGACUAGCCAUUCGGUCCUCGCUACUUCAGAAAUAUCCCGACGUUGUCGUCGGAGUCAAUAGCGAGACCGAUCCGCGAAUUUACGCCGCCAUCCGAGAGUUAUACGUCUUCGUUGUCGGGACAUAUCUCCCCACACGGUACCCUCGGAUGUUCCGACUGACUUCCGAUGACAACAGCAAGACAGGAACAGAAACCAAGACAAUCCUCGAGAGUCUGGUCACAGGAGCCAAGAUCCCAUUACACUUCAAUGAAUCCGAACCCGGAUCCAGGACAGGGCGAAAAGAACUCGAGACCCUAGGUACGCUCGUGGACGAGGAGUUUCUUAUUCUCCUCCCUGAAUCCCCCUCAACCCACCCCUCAACCAACCAAGGAGAAUCUGAAAAGUACAUCCUAGAAGCGUAUACAACCUUCUUCCCCUCCGGCUUCGACACGCGCAAGAAGCUCGGCCUCCGACUCGCGUCCAUCCAUACCCCGGUCCCGGGGUAUAAGGAGAAGCUUGAGCGUAGCAUGGACCGGUUCUUUGCGCGGGUCGAGGUCGGCCAGUUUGUGCAGAGGGUCAAUUGGAGUAUUACUACCAAUUCGGAAUUGUUUGCUGCGUUUGGCGGCGUGCACGGGGACGAGAGUGAAGGGGAGAAGGCUUUGAAGUGUGGGGAAUUGGACGUGGACUCUACAGUUUUGCGGUGUGAACGGCAGACGUUGCAUCGUCUUCCUCAGAGCAAGGCAUUGGUGUUUGCGUUCCAUACAUACACGGAUCCGAUCCAGAUGGUCAAGGAUGAAGGGCUGGGAGAGGAUCUGGCGGCUGCUAUUGAUGGGUUGAAAGAGGGGAAUGUGCCUGCAAUGCAUUGGUACAAACGGGGGCCAGUUUGGGGCGAGGCUGUGAAAGCGUUUCUGCGCUCGUAA